UAGUAGUUCACUUGUUAAAAAUAAUAAGCUUUUCAGGUAUUCGGUAGGCAUUUUAAUAUUUUAGGUACAAGCUUAAGUAUUUUAUAAGAUUUAUUUUUAUAUUUAUAGAUCAUGAUGUCAUCUCAGUGGAUUCUUCUUGUGAUAAUAGCAGCCAACUUGGUGUACUGCAACGAGAAUGAAAUUAAGGAUACAACGCCAAUAGUUUACGAGCCUUCAUGGGUCUACAAGUGCAUGGGAACUGAUGGCUGUCAGCGGUCUGAUCGGCCGAGGAGUUUGGUUGAGGAUGCUUCAUCGUAUUACGACAGCCUGGCCCUCUGCAGGACUGUCUGUGGCCGAUUCGGUGGACUAUGGCCGAAGCCGGUGUCGGCUGUUCUUAGCAUGCAAACGGUGAAAAUGCAUCCUAACAAUUUGAGGUAUGACCUGAGUAACGUCCCCGCGGAAGCGAGAGAGAUGAUAGCUCAAAUGACGCAAGUGACGUCAUCAAACUUGAUGGCUGAGUGCGCCGGUAACGUGACGGACUUGGUCGAUACUCGUGUGGUGGUCUACCUCACUGUGAGGGGUAACAACCUAGAGCUCACCUGGGAUACCAACGAGGAGUACUUCCUGGAUGUCCAGAUGAAAGAUGGUGGCGUAGCAGUUCGUAUUGACGCUGAUAAUGUAUACGGAGCUCGACAUGCCCUAGAAACAUUCAGUCAGCUGGUGACGACCGACAAACCGGACCAAUCGCACCAACCUCAAUGUGGUCUACGCGUCAUCAUAGGUGCCAAGAUCAGAGAUAAACCCGCCUACAGGCAUAGGGGACUAGUUCUAGACACCUCCAGGCACUUUAUCCCAAUGAAAGAUAUCAAAAGAAUGAUCGACGGCAUGGCUUCAACUAAAUUAAACGUUUUCCAUUGGCAUGUGACUGAUUCUCAUAGUUUUCCGCUAGAAUCUACGAGAGUACCGCAGUUUACAAGGUAUGGUGCGUAUUCAUCAUCAGACAUCUACUCAGUGGAGGAAGUUCGUCAACUGAUCAAGUAUGCACAAAUACGAGGUGUCCGUGUUGUCAUAGAGAUAGAUGCGCCGGCGCACGCUGGCAAUGGAUGGCAAUGGGGAAAGGAUUAUGGUUUUGGUGAUUUAGCAGUUUGUGUGAAUGCAGAACCUUGGCGUCGUCUUUGCAUCGAGCCUCCCUGUGGACAACUUAAUCCUGCCAAUCCUGUCAUGUACAGAGUGCUUAGGAAUCUUUAUAAGGACAUAGCUGAACUGCUGCCCAAGCCAGCAGUUCUUCAUGUGGGUGGUGAUGAGGUAUUCUUCGGAUGCUGGAACUCAAGUGAGGCGAUAGUUAAUUACAUGGAAGAAAAAGGUAUAGAAAGAACGGUUGAUGGGUUCAUCAAAUUGUGGGGAGAGUUCCAUACUAAUGCUCUUCAAGCUUGGGAUGAGGAGCUGAAAUCACUCGGUACCGAUGAACCACAACCGGUUAUGAUUUGGUCUUCAGAACUUACACAGGCGCAUAGGGUGCAGAAGUAUUUAAGUAAGGACAGGUGAGGCUUAAACGAAAUUUUAAUUAGAUAUUCAGGAAUUAAAACAUAAGAUUAAGACGACUGUAAAUUGGUUUUACACUUGUCUUCGUCUAAAGGAACCAU